AUGAAUCAGAAAUACUUAAUUGGAUUGCAUGUAUUUUUUUUCCUUAUACUUGCUGAAAAAACUUAUGGAUGCUAUCCUGUUGGAGAUGCCUUAGGUGAAGAUCUCUGCGGUGCUAAGAUUCUAGAUGCUAAUUUAAAAGUUCGGCGUGAUGGUAUUAAUGUAGCACCACAUGCAUUAGGCCACCUUACCAUGCAUGAUGAUACUGGUAACAGUGGGAAAUUUCUAAGAAAUUCAAAAUUCGUUAAUGGCUAUAUUUGUACUUCUGAUGAUCCUUCACAACAAAAGAAUCCCUUCACAUAUUCUGUGCAAUUUGAUUUAAGACACCUACAGGUGGAACUUGGUUUGAUGUUUGGGUUUCAGUGUAUUGGGAUUGUGUUAUUCGUUCAAAGCAAUCUAUAUAUUGUUGGACUGAGUAUAUACACUAUAGAGGUUAUGUAA